AACAACGUGCUCUUGUGUGUGUGUGUGUGAAUAAGAAAAUUGGGCCCUAUACAAAAACAAAAAAAAAAAAAAGAAAACUGUCCUGAGAAAAGUGCAAAAAUGGCCUUUGGUUUAUUGAAUUUAUAGCCGACUUUUGUCUCCUUUUUGGCCCACAUUGAGGUUACAUAAAGAUCCGCAAAAACUAAACACACACACAUUCUGGCCCCUCGUUUUGGGGUCAUCAUAAAAAUGUCUUAAAUAUAAUAAUCUAAACAACAUUGUUUGGAAAUGUUUGUACAUUGUUUAUUUGUAGUUAUUUUUUCGCUUGCAAAUUUAAAAAUAGUAUUUAUGGGUCGUUUUAAAUGCUAAAAUGUGUACUUAGAUCUUUAGCAACCUAACUAGUGCUUGGCAAUGAAUAUGUAUUAUAGUCUCUAGCAAGUUGCAUUACUUAACUUUUACUUGGAAUUUUAGCUUAGCUAAGCAAAUAGCACAGGGCAAUUCUCAGAAAAGUUUGAAAAGCUCAAUAAUUUUCUUUUUGAUUUUUUUCCGAGGAAUCACAUUUGCUCUCUUAGUUUCACAGAACAUUUAAAUGGCAAACUCAGCUGGUUGCCUAUUUCCAACUUAGAUUACCUGUUAAGCUGCUCAGUAACAGCCGAUAAUCUCUAAGAAACUUCAACUUUAAUUGACUUAUCAAAGUUUGCCUAAACGAAUUAUGACCUAAAACUGACCUAACCUAAGCCCAAUUGACUGCAGGCAAUAUUUAUUUGGGUCUUCAGAGCUUUAACUACAUAUAUUAGGUUGCAGUUAAACUUUAACUAAGCUGCUCAUCAGUUUUGAAAAGAAAACUUUCUUCAAGGUUGCAAAACUUAUAAUAAACAUAAAAUAAUCUGCAAUAAAUUGCAUAAAAGGUCAGCACCAGGUUCAAAGUUUUCCCACUCCUCCCCUAUUAGCUAAUUAACAUGGAAAAUUUUUGCCAGAAUAUAUCGUUUACUUGUGGCGAACUUUUGGAUGGAACGGAGGAGGGAGCGGACGCCAUAAGUUUCUAGAAUUUAUAGAGUCGAAAGCUUUCUAUCGAUAGAUAAAUAUGGCGAGCAAGAAACAGAUACAAGUAUUUGUAGAUACAAAGAAAAAGCCACAAACAAACAGAGCUCUCCCGAAUGGGUAUAAUAAACAAUUAAAAAUUAUCUGCCUCUGCUAUAGAAUUAUAAGCAAGCGGCUACCGUGUAACCUCAAUUUGGGUCUGGAAUAGCAAAACAUACGAGUAUAUAGCUAAUGCAUCAUUCUACUUUUCAGUCUGUGGGCUCAAGUGCAAUACACAAAAUCGAACACUAAGCAUUCCAAUUAAACUAACAAUCAAAGUGCAAUACAAAUAAAUCCAGCUAAAAAUCAACGAGAAUACAUUUACAGAAGCUGUGUUCAUAAAUAGAUUUGCCCAAACAAUGCAAAGCAAACCAAUUAAAACAAAUCGAAUUAACUCUUUUGCCAGCAAACCCAUUAAAUAAACUUAACAACUACGAAUAAACUUAAUAAGCAUUUAAAGUAACAAUAACAAUUUUGUGCAAUUUAAAUAAUAAUAAUAAUAAUCGUAUACAAAAAUUAAAGGCCUUAAAAAGGUUCAACGAUUUUUGCUAAAUACUUUUGCGCUAAAUCAAAAACAAAACUAAAUAUAAUACUUUAUAAACUCCAAUUAGCUAAAUUGUUAUAAAAUCAAAUUUAUAAAACUAACAGUAAAAAAAUAAAUUUUUAAAAGCGAUAAGGAUUUUUUAAAAUUUAUAAAACUAAAUCUACUUUAAAUGCAUUUUGCUGAGACGGAUUACGUUAAAAACUAGCUGCAGAUUUUUCGCCAUCAUAGACAAAGAAACGCGUAAUAAUUAAACUGAAAAAUGCUGAAAGUGGCCUAAAAAGAAGAAAGUGGCUGAAAGAGUUUGAAAACGGAAUACCAUGGUGCGACUGAAUGUUGCAGAGCAACACAACAGCAGUAACAACGGCAACAUAAGCAACAGCAGCAUAAGCAACACCAACGGAACAAUAAUUAGCAACAAUAAUGCGGGUGGCAGUUGCUCGUCGACAACCUCUUCAACGACCAGUUUGAAUAGUAAUCCGGCCUCGCCCGCCUGCACAAUGGUGAUGUUGCCGGCACCGCAGCAACACUUGGUGGUGCAGCAACAUCAGCCGCAGCAGCUACAGCCGCAGCAGUCGCAGCAACAGCAGCUGCAGCAACAGCAGCAACACUCGCCCUUCAGACGGAGGUUCAUCGAAUUGCUCGCUCCCAGCAUCGCCGCCUUUGCUGCAGCAGACCGCAACACCGCCGCAAGGAGCCCAGAUUGUACCGCCCGUCUGCGCCCUACACCACCCACAACAGCAGCUGGCAUUGAUGGCGGCCAUGCAGCACCAUCACCACCUGCCACCGCCGCACGCCCUGCACCAUGCCCCACUGCCGCCACCGCCCCCGAAUCUACCGCCACCCCACGAAAACGGUCAUGGUGGUGGCGGGCCAUCAGCUGUAGGGGGCGGAGGCAUUUCACCUAACGGUGGAGGAGGUGGUGGCUCCUCCGCCAGCAGCGUGAGCAGCCUUUCCAGCGGCAGCGGCGGUUCAGGAGGUCAGGGCAACGGUCUGAAUAACGGAACAAAUGGCAUUGCUCCAUUGCCGCCGGGUCAGCUCUAUAUCCAGUAUCCGGGCGAAUUCUAUCCGCCGGAAUACUACAUCGCACCGCAUCCGCACGAGGGCAUCUGUCCGCAACAUCCGCACCAUCCGCACCCGCACCAUCACCAGCCCAUGUGCGCCAUGUCCACGGAAUACGGUAAGCAACAAUCAAAGAUGAUAACGUACACGCAUUGUUUCAACUUGAAGUGUAAGUGCAAGUGACAAAUUCCAUUUCAAAUUCAAUUA